GAAGUGACCAAACUCUUUACAAACGAAGAAAAAACAGAAACUCCUAACAGUGGGAAGCUGCCUGCUACUGCAAAUCAGAAUGUGGAAAAAAGAAACCAUAAGCAUACAAAGAAACAGAGAAACUGGGAAGUUAAGCAAAGCAAAGUCAGUUCUGAAGAUGGUGUUACAGUAUAUUUCCAUGCCAUACUGUCUAAGGACUUCAAAGGAGAGUCUGAGGAGCCUAGAGUCUUCAUUAGGGCAGGAGGCAUUUCUGGAUAUAAUGAUUGGGAAGACAAUAUUUGUAAGCUGGCUUGCAAAAAGGAUGUUGGUAAACAUGGACACCUAUUCGAAGGUUGUGUCACCAUUUCAAUGGACAACAUGGAUAAACAAAUUCCCUAUAAAUAUUAUGUGGUAUGUGGCGAGGAAGGAGAGUAUGAAGUUAUUCCCAAAGAGUCUCCAGAGGGAUUCUGUGUGAAUCGUUGUUUGUUUAUACAGUUAAAGUAUUUAAGUGGUACAGAUUGGCAUCAGUUUGAUGAUAUAAUAUGUAAAGAAUCCUCUUCAAGCAGGUGGAAUAUUGUAAUCAGUAAGAAUGCCAAUAUUGUGGAAAGAAAGAAAAAGGCUUUACAAAUAAUGCUGGAUAGUCUGUUCUGUAUAUUGAAUACCUCAACUUCUUGCAGUGUCGAGAACUUCUUCCAGCAAUUUCAGCAGUUUUACUUGGUGAAUAGGAAGCUAAUGGUACAUGAGGGAGAGCCAAAGGAAUGGACAGAUUUACAGUUUGAUGAAAAGCAGGUUCAAAAGGUGAUUAAAGAUUACUUGGAAGAUUACCAAAAGAGUGCAGCUUGGAAUACAUCAGAAUAUAAAAAACUAGUCCUGACAUUGACCAUCUUUCUAUUAUCUGGAGAUUUCUAUGUUAUUCCAAAAUCAAAACAAGAGUGUAUCAGAUUUUGCAGCCUUCUUUGCCUAAAGGAGCAACCACUGGCAAAGACAAUGAAUAAAGUUAAAGAAGUGUUUUCAAAGAUUUCAUGGUGUCCCCCAGGCUCUCAGAUUCCAUCCCACGAAAGGUUGGGGGGGUAUUUGAGAAUGUUUUGCAAUUUUUGUAUUGUACAGCAAGUUCAUCAGUGGCUGUGGACAAUCCCAGUUCUUCAUCUCUUUACUGAUUUUGAAUACGCCCAAGAGAAUGCUCAACUUGAAUCGGAAGACGCAUGGGCAAGGUUGAAAGAUCUUCCCUUUGUUCAAUAUAGGAUUGAUGAAGAAGGUUCUGAGAAAUUCUUACUACCACAAAUGAAAGAAAAGAAAUAUUUAGUGAAAGAAAGCAGAGCACUGUUCAGAUCAUGGUUUUCCUUGCUUCCUCGAAGAGCCUUGGCUGAAUUUAUCUCUGACUUUCCUGCUGAACCAGUAGACUAUCUUCUAGGAAUUUUUCAUAGACUGGAGAAUGUGAAAGCCACUUAUACCUGUGAGGAGGUAGAAAAAUUCCUGAUGAAGGUGUUGGAUGCCCUCUAUAACAAACAAAAUGAAAUGUUACAGCAGGACACUUGGAACUCGUAUGUGACUGUCUGCCAAAGACUUCAUGAGAAAAUAUGUAGAAAAUUCCUGAAUCUUCAAUAUUACAAGAUACCAGCUGUUUCUGUCAACAUUAUUUCAAGGAUUCUUGAAUUUGCACCUUCAGAGGCUUCAAGAGACAAGGCUAUGCAGAAUACUCCAAAGACAGUAUACCAAUGGCUUCAUAAUACUACCAGGGACUGGUUUUGUGGUGUUCUACCAACACGUAUGCUGAAACCUGUUUCAGAUGAAAAAGUUCAGCUUACUUUUUCAAUGGAGCUUGAGGCAUGGAAUCGAUUUCUGAAAAUUAAUUUCCGUGAUGCAAACCUCACAGAGGACUGGAAGGGAACUUUAAUUAAAGACAUGCAAAGCAGAAUCAAGCAGGUACCUCCACUUCAGCAGAUUAAAGCCUACUGCCGCUUCCUUUCAGAUUUUGAAAAAUAUGAGCCUCUGAUUGGCAAAUCUUUUGAAAGUUGUGCCAUAGAAGCUGUUAACUUAGAAUACAAGAGUGAUCUCAUUCAUCUGAUGGCCUCUUACAACUUGAGCAAGCUUGUAUCUGCUGUCAUCACAAAAUCAUGGCCAAUUGAUAAAGAAGGAAAACCUCUGAGUGACCUGGAAGGUGUUUUGCAUCAUCUCCUUGUUUGGCCAGGCAUCCAGCAUCUUUUCACCUUCAAAGGAGGAAGUGGGGACUUCCUGAGCCAACUUACUGAUGAUGCCAAGGCAUUAAUGAAGAUUACUGAGUCCGUACAUAAAGAAAUUUAUGGCAAUCUCAUGACAGGCCAGAUCUUAAUUAGACAUUUGGAAUUAAUUAUAAAGUGCAAGGAACAAUUUGUGAUCAUUUGGGAAUUAAUGAAUAAAUCUCUCUCAUCCAUGGAGAAACCAAAGCAAAAACUGAAACUAGAAGAAGUACUUCAGUUGAGGCUGCAAGAACUAACAUCUGUCAAAGAGGAACAAAAACAGUUGGAAUUAUUUUUGAGCAUGUUUCGGAAGGUGGAAUACAUUGUAAAAGUGGAUAUUGCUGAAAUGGAACAGAAGCACCGUGAAAACCUGUCCUCAAAAGCAUUGCAUGAUGUUGUGAAUGUGAGGCAUUCAGUUUUGCAGAGUGAUGAUAAAAUAGAGACACAUUACCACCUGAGUCCAGCCCAAAAGAAGAUGACUGAAACUCUGAAUAACUUUAAAGAAAGCAACAUCUUCCAGUACUGCUGGGAGUGGGCAGCCGAAAAGCUGGCAAGCAGUACUGAGGAUUUGAGCAAAGAGGAGAGCAUUGACAUUUUGAAUCCUGAUUUUUUAUUUAAAUCUUGUUACAAUGAAUUCUUCAGACUCUAUGAAUGCCUGAAAUCUGAAGAGCUCACAUUUGCUGAAGUGGACCUUCUCUUCAAGAAUUUUACAAACCAUUAUGAUGGACUGAAAAAGGAUUUUCAGAUUAUAUGCCGCCUUCAGCCUCAAGACAGUGGGAAAUGGGUAGAGCAACGAGUUGAGCAGAUCCAGCAGUAUCAUAAAUUACAUUUGGCUUUGGGCUGUGUUAAAGUUAUUGACAAGGUCAGGGAAGGUUUAAACCUCUCUGGUGACUUCAGCGACCUGCAACUAUUACUGAAAUUUGAAGAUGAACUCCAGUCCUUCGAGAGAGAAAAGCUGUCCUCCAUAAGUGCUUCAUUGAUACAUGCUAUGAAAGUGCUGCAAGACAUCACUGAACCACGUCGUAGGUGCCUUGAAGAACUUGCAUGGAGGAGGGAGUUUGUCAGCUGGGUCAAAAAGGUUAUAAAAGAUAUAAAUGAGCUAAAGGUAUUUGUGGACCUGGCCUCGAUCUCUGCAGGAGAAAAUGACAUGGAUGUGGAUCGUGUGGCCUGUUUCCAUGAUGCUGUGCUUGGCUACUCUUCUCUGUUGUAUGAAUUGAAACAGGAGUCAGGGUUUGAGGAAUUUCUGGUGUGUUUGGAAAAACUGUGGAAAGCCCUGGAAAGUGAUCCUAAACUCCCUGAAAAACUGUGUGAUUCUGCAAGAUACCUGAAGUGGUUGAAAGACAUAAAAGAGACUCAUGGCUCUGUGGAGCAGUCAUCUUUAUCACUGGCAACAACAAUCAAUAGCAACGGAAUCUACCAAAUUAGGGCACCAGAGGAAGGCCAGAAGGUUUCUCUGGACACCGUCCUGUGCCUGACCGUCUCACAAAGCCACGGUGGCCAAGAAGAGAUACGGCAAUACUCCCUGGAAGAGCUCCAAGAACUGAUGAAUAAGCUGAUGCUGAUGUCAGGAAAGAUAGAACAAAGUACAGAAGUGGAGAAGUUUUCUGAGGUAUUUUCUAGUGUCCAGAGGCUUGCACUGUCUUUCAUCGACCUUUAUUGUGCUGGAAACAUGCUUUUCCGCUCUUGGGUCGCUGGUGUAUAUUGCUCACCCAGCCAUGAAUUCUGCCUUAGCAUGGACUUCAAUUUAAAUUCUGGUUGUGCCCUUAUUGGAAAUGGAGACGUCACAGAAGUGCUGCCAACUGUUUGCCAAAAGAUGGAGAGUUUCCUGGAAAAGUGGAACCAGUUUAUGUCGGAGGAGCGAUCCCAGUACUUUUACUUGAAUUACUAUAUGGCAGAACAGCUUGUGUACUUGUGCAAGGAGCUUGGCUCAAAGUGCCCCAGUGAGGCUGCCUUAACGAUGCUGUCAUUUAUAAAGCGCAACUGCAGCAAGCAAGAUGCCCAGGAGGUCUUCAGCCAAGUAGUAUCUAAAAAGGCAAAGAGGAAUUUUGCUGAUCUGCUUGGGCCGGUGGCAAGAGGGAGAGAGUUGGCUGUACAACUGGAGUACAUCUGGGAGUCCUACAUGAGAAGUAUGGGCUCAUUCCUUCCAGGCUGCCUGGACAUUGAAACCCUUGGCAUUUACUUGGCCACCCUGGCAGAUCUGGAGAAGAGGGGUGUUAUGCGAAAAUUGCCACAAGGUCUUCAUGCUGGCAGGCCUAACCUCAUUCUCUGUCCUCGCUCUGAGGUGUUGGCUUCGGCAUUGGCCAUCUACAUGAACAGUCCAGGGGAGAUGCUGCCAUCUUACGAUGAAGUCCUGCUCUGCACACCACAAACCAGCUAUGAGCAAGUGGCACUGUUUUUGAGGCGGUGCAUCACUCCAGGCUAUAAGGGGAAGAAGAUUUACACCUUGCUGUUUGCAGAUGAGUUGAGCUAUGAUGUUGGCUACAGGUCUGAGGAACUUUUCCAGAGUCUUCACUUUAAUCACCAUGAUAAUUAUAGGCUAGUGAUUCUCUGCAACUGUGAGAGAGAGCACUGCUACAUCCCUUCUGUCUUCAGCCAGUUCAAAGUUCAUAUGAUCCCUCAGCAGCCCCUGAAGGACAUUCAGGGCUACCUUGAGAAUCAUUACAAAGCAACACAGCCUCCAAGUUCUGUCUUCAAGGACCAAAUGUGUGUUGGGAUUGUAGCUUCUGAAAGGGCUGGAGCAGGAAAAUCUCUGUAUGUAAAGAGGCUGCAAGAGAAAAUGGAAGCAAAGUUGCAAGGCUGUGGAGUAAUCUUAAAAACAAUUAGGCUGAUCGAUCCAGAAGUGGAUGAAGGCAAAGUGCUGAGAACUCUCCUCCCGUUCCUAGAAAAUCAGUACCAGAAACAGCCCAUGAUAUUUCAUUUUGAUAUCACCUCUUCAGUCCAGACUGGAAUUCCAGAAUUUCUGUUCAAGCUGUUAGUUUUACAGUACCUGAUAAAUAUAGAUGGGAAACUCUGGCUGCGGAAACAGUAUCAUUUAUAUGUUGUAGAAAUUCUUGAACCAUCACCACCAUUAAAGAAAAGCAUGACAUCAACUUUUCCAGGACUGAAGUACAACUUCAUGGAUGUGUUCCCCAAAGUAACCUGCAGAUAUCCCAAGGAAGUCUUAGAUAUGGACAUGCAGAUGAAUGAUUGCUCAGACCCAGGUAUAGAUCAGGAAGUGUUCCGUAGCGAAGCCUUUCAGAGACCCUACCAGUACUUGAGAAGAUCUAGCAGAGGAGAUAGUCUUGACACAUUCCAGUAUGAAGAAGGCUCUGUUGCAGGGACACCAGCAGAGUGCCUGCAGAUGCUCCUGAUCCAUUGUGGAGUAAUAGAUCCUUCCUGGUCAGAACUGAGAAACUUUGCUUGGUUUUUGAACCUUCAGCUGAGAAAUUGUGAAACGUCAGUGUUCUGUAAUGCUGCUUUUGUCCACGAUGCUUUACAUGGCUUCAAAAAUUUUGUGGUCACAUUUAUGAUUUUAAUGGCAAAGGAUUUUGCUACACCAUCUCUAAACAUUUCUGAUGAAAGCCCUGGGAAUCAGUUUUUUGACAUGGAAAGAGUCAAAGAAAGAGAUCUUGUUCCAUUGCUUCUAAGGAAGAAGUGGGAGUCAGAGCCCCACCCAUAUAUAUUUUUCAAUGAUGAUUCUGUAUCUAUGACAUUCAUUGGCUUUCAUCUUCAGAAAAGAGUCAAUGGUAGCAUCGAUGCCAUCAAUCCCUUAAAUGGAAGUGUCAUCCGGGAAGGUGUGAUGACACCUGAGCUUUAUGAGGGAUUGCUGCAUCAGAGAGUUCCAUUAAACAUUAAUUUUGAUGAACUCCCUAGAAAUAAAAAAAUUGAGAAACUUUGCAUGGUUUUAGGAAUACAGUGGCCAAUUGAUCCUGAUGAUACAUAUGAGCUCACAACAGACAAUAUGCUAAAGAUCCUUGCCAUUGAAAUGCGAUUCAGGUGUGGUAUCCCUGUUGUCCUCAUGGGAGAAACUGGCUGUGGAAAAACCAGGCUAAUAAAAUUCCUGUGUGAACUACGUAGGAGCGGUGCCAGUGCCAAUAACAUGAAGCUUGUCAAGGUCCAUGGAGGCACCACAGCAGAUGCAAUCUAUGCCAAAGUCAGGGAAGCAGAAGACAUUGCUAUUGACAAUAAACAGCAAUACCAGUUUGACACCAUCCUGUUUUUUGAUGAAGCCAACACCACUGAAGCUGUCAGCAGCAUCAAAGAAGUCUUGUGUGAUCGCACAGUCGAAGGACAGCCUUUGGUCCGCAAUUCAGGUUUGCAAAUCAUAGCUGCAUGCAAUCCUUAUCGCAAGCAUACAGGGGAAAUGAUUCAGCGCUUGGAAUCGUCUGGCUUAGGCUACCGUGUCAAAGCAGAGGAGACCAAGGAAAAGCUUGGCUCCAUUCCUCUUAGGCAGCUGGUAUACCGUGUCCAUGCUCUCCCUCCUAGCAUGAUCCCUCUAGUGUGGGAUUUCGGACAGUUGAACAACGUUACUGAAAAACUCUAUAUACAGCAAAUGGUGCAAAGACUUACUAGUUCAAUACCGAUGUCUGAUGUUGAGCUCCAGUUAAUAACAGAUGUGCUUUUUCAGUCUCAGACGUAUAUGAGGCAAAGGAAUGAUGAAUGCAGCUUUAUCAGUCUCAGAGAUGUGGAACGCUGUGUAGAAGUCUUCAAGUGGUUCCACAACCACAGUGAAAUACUAAUGAAACAUCUGGAGAAGCAAGUUGCAGAGAGAAAGGCAGCUAAAGGUUUUGUCCAGCGAGACCCAGUCAUUUGGUCCUUGGUUCUUUCAGUGGGUGUUUGCUACCAUGCUUCCCUGGAAAGGAAAAAGGAGUACCGAAGAGUCAUCAGCACCAUCCUUCCAAAGCCAUAUGAUGGUGAAAAGGAAAUCCUUGAAGAAAUUGGCUUAGUUCAGGAUCUCUUCUUGAGUGACCUACCUCUGAGGGAAAUGAUCGCCAAGAACCUGGCACUGAAGGAAAAUGUUUUUAUGAUGGUUAUCUGCAUUGAACUUAAAAUCCCCUUGUUUCUCAUCGGCAAGCCUGGCAGUUCCAAAUCUCUUGCCAAAACGAUUGUGGCUGAUGCCAUGCAAGGCCAAGCAGCAUAUACUGAGCUUUAUAAAGAACUGAAGCAAAUCCAUUUGGUGUCCUUUCAGUGCAGCCCACACUCUACGCCUGAGGGAAUCAUCAACACUUUCAAGCAUUGUGCUCGCUUCCAAGAAGGAAAGAACCUAAAGGAGUAUGUCUCUGUAGUGGUGUUAGAUGAAAUUGGCUUGGCUGAAGACUCCCCCAAAAUGCCUCUGAAGACCCUUCACCCGCUCUUGGAAGAUGGCUGUGUUGAUGAUGAUCCACUCCCUCAUAAAAAAGUUGGCUUCAUUGGGAUAUCUAACUGGGCUCUGGAUCCAGCUAAGAUGAAUCGAGGGAUCUUUGUAUCCCGUGGAGAACCGAACAAGAGGGAACUCCUAGAAAGCGCAAAGGGUAUCUGCUCGUCAGAACGCGCUGUCCUGCACAAAAUUGACCGUUUCUUUCCCAUCUUUGCAAAUGCUUAUGAGGAAAUUUGCAAGACCCAAGGCAAGGAGUUCUUUGGGUUGCGUGAUUAUUACAGUCUCAUAAAAAUGGUGUUUGCUUUAUCCAAAAAAUUGAAAAGAGAGCCAGCUCCCCGUGAACUAGCAGAGAUAGUUCUCCGUAAUUUCAGUGGUAAAGAAGGUGUUGAGGCCUUGAACAUUUUUAUGUCUAGGUUCUCAGAAAAAGGAGAUAUCAUCCGUGAGGACAUUGGUACAAUUGAUCUAGUUCAGCAGAACAUUUACAGUGACUAUGAGGAUGGUGAAUGCCGUUACCUGCUGGUGUUGACGGAAAAUUAUGCAGCCCUCCAGAUCCUGCAGCAGGCUUUUUUCAAAGGUACACAGCAGCCAGAAAUUAUUUUUGGUUCCAGUUUUCCCAAAGACCAGGAAUACACCCAGAUCUGCAGAAACAUCAACCGAGUGAAGAUCUGUAUGGAGACAGGGCAGAUGGUCAUUCUUCUUAACCUGCAGAAUCUGUAUGAAAGCCUCUAUGAUGCCCUCAACCAGUAUUACGUUCAACUUGCUGGUCAAAAGUAUGUUGACUUGGGCUUGGGGACCCAUCGAGUGAAAUGCAGAGUGCACCCUAAGUUCCGUUUGAUUGUCAUUGAGGAGAAAGAGGUGGUCUACAAACAAUUCCCCAUCCCGUUGAUCAACAGACUUGAAAAGCACUACCUAGACAUCAAUACUGUGUUGGACAAGAGGCAAAGAGAUACUGUGGAAGAAUUGAAGAAAUGGGUGGACAGCUUCACAGCAGUUGAAACAGAAAAAUACUUUAUUGGCCAGCAGAAAUUUACCCCUUCUGAUGUCUUUGUUGGCUACCAUCCUGACAUCUGUGCCUCAGUUGUCCUGCAAGUGACGGAGAAGCUGAAAAUAGAUGCUUCCCCUCAGGAGCUGAUGCAAAAAGUACAAGAAGAGGCCAAGUUGGUCCUGUUAAACUGUGCAACUCCCGAUUCUGUAGUCCGCCUUGGUGAUUCACGGCUGGGUUCCUUUCUGGCAGAUGACUUGGCCAGGGUAUACUUUCAGCAGCAAUAUCACACUUCUCUUGCAGAGUUCCUUCGUGCCUGCCUUGGGACAAAGUCUAGGGGUCACACAAUCUUUACUGAGAUUUCUACUUUCUCCAGGCUCCUGACAGCAGCAGAUACAGAGACUUUGAAGGCAGAAGUACAAGGCGAGUUGGGCAGCCUCAAAGUUCUGUUCUUGCAACAGUUUGACACAGAAUACUCAUUUUUGAAAGAGAUUCGCAAUUUUCUAGAUGCUACAUCUGGAAGUAAAAUCCUGAUUAUUCAGACACACUUUGAAAAUGGAUCUCUCAGUGCCCAGCUCGUUGCUUCAGCCAGAUACUCAGUUGUUAACGAAAUCAACAAAUCGGAUCAGGGUGAAACCUCCGUGUUUGUGUUCUUCAUCACUAAACUGCCACGAGCUGAAGGAGGAAGUUCCUAUGUAGGAUUUCAAGGAGGGUUGUGGCAGUCUGUGCAUAUUGAUGACCUGAGGAAAUCCAAGGAUAUUAUCUCUGAUGUAACUGCCCUGAGAAAUGUCACUAUCAGCCAGCUCUUUUCUGCAGAGCCUCCUGAAAUCUUGGACACCACCAUUCUUCUACGGAGCUGUGUGCAAAGAGCUGUGGGCAUGCUAGAGGAUCAAAAUAAGGAUGCCAGCCGCAGUACUAAGAGAAUUGAAAUCCUCCUUAGCCUUCUGUCUCAGGAAGAUGACUUAAAAGCCUCCUUCCUGAAGAUAACAAAGACUCGCCUGUUAAGCCUUUUAGGGAAGCAAGAAGAAAAUGUUUACACCAUGAAAGAGUGGGUACGCCGAGAGGCAUCAAACCUCAAUGCCCUCCAAGAAGCAGGAACUUUCAGAGACACCCUGUGGAAGCGGGUCCAGAGUGUGGUGACUCCAUUUAUGGCCUAUAUGUUGUCUGUCCUAGACAGUGACUGCAACCUGGACCUAUUGGUCAGACCAACAACAGAAAAGUGUGUGAAAGCUCUGUGGAUAUUCAUCUUCAAUGAUCUCAAGCUGCUGGACAUCCCUUACAUUAUGGGCCAGAACAAUUCCCAAACUGAGACUAUUCAGGUGCAGAGCUACUUUAAGAAAUCAACAGGUGCUGGCAAUGAAAUGCCCUUCAGCUGGAAGAUAAAAGAUUAUUUGGAAGAUCUUUGGGGUCAAGCUCAGUACAUCCCUGGUAAUGAAGACAGAUUUGUAAGCAUCUUUCAGAAGAAACCACUGGGGCAAUAUAUUGCUGAUCUCCCUGAGGAAGAGAGGGAGCACCUUUUUCACUGUUACGUCAGAGACUUCAUCCUCCUGACAAUGGGUGCUUCUUCUAAUGAGCUAAUGUUUCUGCAGACAGCUCUCUUAUCAUGUAUGGAGGAAAUGAAGGCGGCUUCUUCCAAUGCAGAAGAGAGGGUGCUGCCCCUCCCCUGUAUCCAUCUUUGUUACCAUCAGUUUAGGAGUCGUCUGCAAAACCUUUCCAGGAUUUUUGCUGUGUACCCUGAUGUGUCCAAAGCUCUCACUGAACAUGUUGAGAAAGGAAACAGCUUCUUGCAUCGCCAAAUGGUUCUGGAUGUGCUUGCUGCAAUUGCUUGCACUGAGAUGUUGGAAGAAAAACUGUUGAACUGGGGAUCUCAAAAGUGGCUGAAGCAGGUGAAGAAGCUUCAAAUGCCAAUUGAACUUGUGUGUACAGCAAACUACAUUCAAAACAAUGGGAGCCAAUGUGACCAGCUGCUCCAGGAACUCAGGAGCCAAUGGAAUAGGAUUUUCUCACUGUCCCUCUUCGUGGAACAUGUACUCCUUGGAGUAGAAAUGCAGAUUCCAGAGGUGAAGAAGCUGGUAAAAAAGUUCACCUCACGCCUUGGAAAAUGUUUUCAAGGGGAUUCAGACAUUAAAACCCAUAACACAUUCUGUGCAGUCAUGAAUAUCCUAUGUCAGUGCAAGGAGGAUGCCAGUUCAGUGUUUUGCAGUUAUGGUUUGAGGCCAUGUCCAAUUUGCUUGGAAGAUCCUAGGGAGCCAGUCCACCUUCCUUGUGAUCAUGUGUAUUGUCAUCAUUGCAUAAAACAACGGCUGGUACCAGGAGAGAUGCGCUGUCCAUCUUGCAAAGUUGAACUACCAGAUGACUAUUCUCCCAAAGUAUCUGAGGAGAUCCGUGUUGCCAUUAAAAAAAUGACCCAGUUCCGCAAGUGUUGCAACAGUUUUUUCAUAGAGCUGGUUUCUACUAUGUGCUUCAAAGACAAUGAGCCCCCAGAAAAAGCUGUGAUCCAAGAGCUGCUGAACCUCCUGAAAGGUAUGUGUUCGUGUUCAAAGAACUACAGUGUGUACACAAAAACUCUAUCCCCCUUUAACGACGUGGUGGAUAAAACCCCUGUAAUCCGUUCUGUGGUGCUAAAGUUGCUUCUAAAAUACAGUUUCAAUGAUGUGAAAGUCCAUGUUCAAAAAUAUUUAUCAGACGCAGAAUCAAUAUGCAACCUAGACAAAGAAGACAAGACAGUACUGUACACGCUGUUUGCCAGCUGCCUUGAGGAUUCUAUGUGUGAGAAAUUUGGAGCCUCCUCAGAGAAAAGCAAGGCAAACUGCCUGAGAGAAGAUGGACACUUCCUAACAAACUACAUAAAGCAAAGCAGGAGCAGCCAUGAAACCUCUCAAAAAGUCACCAUUGAGUACCUGCAGGGAGUAGCCCACACCCGCCUGUGUAUGGAUAGGGCUGCACAGCUGCUCUUUGAACUUCAUGGAACUUCAGGCAAGUGGGAUUCUGUUAAACAUAAUUCGAAAGCAUUUUCCUUUCUCUUUCCAGCUAGUAGUCAAGAAACAGAGAAGCAACACUACCUGGAAAAAGUGAAGCAGUUCUGCAGUCAGAUUCAAAAUGACUGGUACCGAGUUUACCUUAUCCGCACACUUACUAAACAACAUGGGAUGGAGUUCACACAGAGACUUUCUAAUGAAUCCGAGUUUAACUGGAUAUUUCCAGCAGAAAUAAUUCAACAGAAAUUUCAGUCCAGUCAGAUUGAUCAGUUCCUAGUACAUGGCAAGAACUACAAAGUGGUGCGUGAUGCUUUGGGGAAAGCAGUGAUAGAAUGCCAGGCAGAUGGCAUUGCAGCAGCCUUGAAGGAAAGUAAUGUCUCCAAGUCUGUCCAGGCUGUUCAUUUUCUCUUGGCUGUCUUCAGAGAGUUGACAUCUCUGUAUGGAUGCAAAGAGCUGAGUCUUCAUCCGAAGCAGGAGCAACGUGAUGUUAUCAAGGAGUUCAUCCAGAGCUGCAACGUUCUUCCUUCUCCAGAGCUGGGGAAAUUUGCAGAAUCUCUGAUGGAUAACCACCCCCCCUCACUGGCACUGAGCCCCCAAGAUUCCAGCCAUAAGAGGGUAGUGAUUGAAAUGGCAAUUCACACUGCUGCUGUCUUGCUGUCUGGCCAGAAUCAAAUCCUUGAACCUCUAAGGAAUCUGGCAUUCUCACUGCAUACCAUGCAGGUUGCUUUUCUGCCAACAAUGCCAGAAGACUUACUGGCUCAGGCUGUGAGAUGGGAAGCAGCAGCAGGACUUCGAUGGUAUACAUGUCCAAAUGGUCAUCCCUGCACUGUUGGAGAGUGUGGUCGUCCCACGCAACGUGGUUUGUGUAAUGAAUGUGGUGCUGUAAUAGGAGGUUUCCCAAACCACACAACAGUGCCAGGCUUUGAUGAAAUAGGGAGUAUUCAAGACAGGUCACAAACUGGCCAUGUGCUUGGACAACCUGAAAAAAGAGAAGCUGAGGUAGCCUCUGAGAGGGAGAUGUCUCCAGCUGUCCUGAUUCUGAUUCGCUUGCUCACUCAUUUGUCGCUGCUUUUAGGAGCCACAAAAGAUCACCAGUCCCUACUACAGAUCAUAAAGCCACCAGUUCCGGAUCCGGUGAGCUUUCUCAUGCAGCAUAUUCAUAAGGACUUGGAGCAACUGAUGAAUACUCUUGGAAAGAGUGCUGAUGAAACUACCAGUGUUGUCCAUCUCAUUCUUUGUAGCCUUCUCAAGGAGCGUCACCAACAGACAAGCCAGUGUAAGGAGAACAGCUUGCAGCAUGUGGCUGCUGACAUAAAUCAGCUGCCUCCUCAAUCCGGCGUGGUGCUGCUGGACACCGACUCUGCAGGCCACCUCCUCAAUCCGGUGAUCCGCGCGGUGCUGUUGGGCGCAGACCUGGCAGGCUGCCUCCUCGAUCCGGCGCUGCGCUGCUGGGUGCCGACUGCAGGUCACCUCCUUGAUACAGCGCUCCGUGCGAUGCUGCUGGGCAAUGACCCUGCAGGUCGCCUCCGGGAUUCAGCAGCAGCAACGCGGCAGGAGGAGGAGGCCUGCCAUGCGACCCGAGCCAGCACGACCCAGCAGCAGCAACGCUGGCCGCGGAGAGAGAGGGGAAUGACACACAAUAAAUGUUCUUUUACAGGGAGUUUUGACAGUCUACUUUCUAAAAGGAAGGACAGAAAUGAUUGGGAAGGAAUUGUUGCUCAAAAUGUUGUUAUUCCAGAACUAAAGUUUCUGGAUAAAACACUUCUGGAGGUGAAUCAACAGAUCAGUGAAGAUAAGAGAAUGGCUUCCAACUUAAUAGCAAGAAUUAUAUAUGGUGACCCUGCAGCCUUCCUGUCUGAACUACCCAGCAAGAGCACUGUACACUGUUCCAGGAUGUGGAGCUGCAGGAAGAGGAUUUCAGUUGAGCACCUGGCACAUAUUGUCCAGCAGAAAGAUGGCAAGGAAACGGUGCCCAUCUUGUGGAAGUUUUUGCAAAAGGAAGCUGAAUUGAAGCUGGUGAAGUUUUUGCCAGAAAUUCUGGCUCUGCAGAAAGACUUGGUGAAGAGGUUCCAGAACAUUUCAGAGCUGGAAUUCCGAACAAUUAGCAAUUUCCUCAACAAGGUUUCACCAGAAUUCAAGAAUCUUAUGAAAAGCAGAGUGAAUACAUUUCUGAAUGUAUGGAACAAACUGAGAUCAUCCUUGGAAACUAGCGGUGAAAUUAAACUUCCCAAAGGUUAUUGUGAUACUGACUUAACCCUGGAGAGUGAGUUUGAGAUCCUUUUGCCUCGCCGACGUGGCCUAGGCCUUUUUUCCACUGCCUUGGCUAGUUAUCUCAUUGGCCUACACAAUGACUUCGUCUACACCGUAGAAGGAUAUACAACAGAUGCCAAAAGAUACUCUGUCAGCCCUGCUGAAGUGACAGAUCUACAUGUGAUCGCUUACGAUGUGGAGAGGGACUUGAUCCCAUUGAUCCUGUCCAACUGCCAAUAUAGCAUGAAGAAAGGAGGGGAGGCCCUCCAGGAAUUCGAUCUGGAAAAGAUUGAGCAGCAACUUGCUAGUAGAUUCCUACAGGGGAAGCCCUUAAUCACAUUGAAAGGCAUACCGACCCUGGUGUACAGACAUGAGCAAAAUUAUGAGCAUCUCUUCAAUGAAAUCAACAGUAAGCUGAGCCAGAUUUCUCUUCCAAAUUCCACAAUUGGCAUGAUCAGUGGGAAGUUGCUAUCCUACAGUGACAUCUGUGAAGCACUGUCUAUCACUGAAAUAACCUUAGGAUUCCUGGCUAAGGCUGGAGGAGACUCAAAGAUGACUUUGACUGAAUAUGUUGAAGAUAUCCUGCAGAUGGGCAGUCAGACAAAUGACCACGUGCUGAAGGCACUGAGCCAGUGUCACCUUGAGCACACCAUUGCACUGUGGCAGCUCCUAUUGUGCUAUAAAUCCGAACAGCUGCUGCAUCUGAAAAGGGAUCCCUUCGCAGAGGUUGGUGCGGCCUAUAAAGAUGAGCUCACUGCAGAGAACACAGAACUUCUCUAUGCCUUCCUUAUGCAGGCUGGGCUGGGGUCCUUCCUCCAAGAGUUGCACGAAAUGAUCAUCCUGAAGCUGAAACAUGCCAAAGCUGGGGAUGGAUUUGAACCCACAUGGGGCCUUAAGGCCACACUUACUUCAUACCUCGAAAGGAAAGGGAGCAACGUAUUAGAAGAACUAGAGGAUACAUUCCCAGAAGAGAUCCCACUCUCCCAGUGUAUCGCUGCCUGGAAAGUGGCUGCCACUCUUAAACGAGAACGAAGGCUUGGUUAAUUCAGACAGUGCAUCCUCUCUUCUUGCCCAACCAUCUUUUUUAAAAAAAAUACUGAAGAAUAAAGUGCUGAAUUUUUAGGUGCUGCUUUCCUUGCACUGAGAAAAAAAAUCAUAACUAAAGGAGAUCCUAACUAAAAGUGUAAUUCCACAAUAUUAGGAAUAAUUACUGCCUCAGAAGAUGAAGGAUAUACCCUCCCUCCCUACAACUAACUAUACAUUUUCCCCAUAUAAAAUGCAAGUUAGUGAUUCAAUCGCAUUCAAAGAAAGGGGUAGAAAAAGCAAAUGGACCCUUUCAAAAGCCAGAACUAGAUGUUGUAGUGUCACAGGUAGCUGGGUCAGAGGCAAUGAACUAAUCCUCCUUCUCUCAGGUCUUUUACCCUAUGCAAUGGUUUACACUUUGGCAAGAAAUGAAUUAGCAACGGCUUAACUACACUGAUGGGUGUGAAGCUGAUGUCAUUUUUUUGCCAAAUCAUUUUUAUUCAUUUUACAAUAAUUAUUACAAUUGAUACAAUACAUUUUUCUUUCUUAUAUUAAACAUUUUGACUAAAAGCCUGACUUCCUUCAACCCUUCCUUAUGAUUUUCUUGCUAUUAUAACAGAUUUCUAUAUUUUCGCUAUUUAAUCAUUGCUUUAAAUUAUAACAUCGUAACUCAUAUCUAAAAAGCCAUAUAUAAACUGAUUUUUAUAAUUUAACUUACAAAGCUUCUUACAAUCCUACCAACGUAUUUAACUGGUUGCAAUUGUCUUUCAAGUAUUCUGCAAAUUUAGUCCAAUCUUUGAUGAACCUCUGGCCCCGCUGUUCUCGGAUUCUUCCUGUCAUUUUAUCCAGUUCCACAUACUCCAUUAAUUUUGCUUGCCAUUCUUCCUUCGUUGGUCAUACUUCUUGUUUCCAUUUUUGUGCUAUUAGGAUUCUUGCUGCAGUGAAGCUGAUUUCAGAGACGAUGCAUCAAACAGUAGUAUUUUUAUAAGCAUUUUAUAAAGAAGUACAGGAUACAUAUUUUGGGUAACGUGAACACAUUAGAAGCCCAGCACUGGAAAUUAUAAGUACACAGUAAAUGAGUGUGAACACAGCCCUAAGCUAUGUCAGUGCUUAGUCAAGGAAAUAGUUUCAGGUAGCUGCUUUAAAAGCAAGUAAGUUAAAAAGCACACACUCAGGUGUGAUCUAAGUUGCCUUUAGCCUAUCCCCUCCCCCCCCCCGCUUUUUGCUCUUAUGAAAGAACUUUUAUUUCUGUUGGAUAAAAACAUAGAUAUUAAUUGGUAUUUUUGAACAUGCAUGCAAAAAAGUGUAUCUGAUUUUCAUUGCACUAAAUUAUGAUUGUGUUUAAUAUGACAUUUGAAUUGAGUGAUUGAGCUGUGAAUCUGAUGUGAAGACAACAUACCUCACACUUCUACACAUCUUUAAUGAGGAAGCAAUACUCAUGGUCUGCUUCAGAGUUGUGCUUACAUAAUGCAUUGGCUAAAGUGAUGUCAUUUGCAGUGGUGUUCCAACUCAUUGUUCUAACAGAGCAGUAGACUCGGAAUCCUACUAUGGAUGAACCUAUGGUCAUUUUUCACCAAUGUAUAAGAGCUCUAUUGCUGCUCACUCCAUUUAAUAAAUCAAAUGUUUGCUACCAAAAGGCGUCCAUUGCAUGAACAAUGACUUGUAUUUAUGUGCUAUAGUAGGGAAAUUCUGGAUUAUUUAAAUUCUGGUUGAGAAAAUAAUCUUUAAACAAAACUAUUUGGGGAUGGGGGUUGAAUUGUUUCAACCAUAAAUGAGCUCAACUCAAUAGGUGCAGGCACCCCUUUUUAGUUAAGAAUAAUAAUAAAAAACCCAGUCCUGCAGAAAAUUGUUUCUUGAUACAGAAGUAUGUACACCAGGGGUCAGCAAACGUUUCCAGCAGGGGGCCGGUCCACUGUCCCUCAGACCUUGUGGGGGGCCGGACUAUAUUUUGAAAGAAAGAAAAAUGAACAAAUUCCUAUGCCCCACAAAUAACCCAGAGAUGCAUUUUAAAUAAAAGGACACAUUCUACUCAUGUAAAAACAUGCUGAUUCCUGGACCGUCCACGGGCCAGAUUUAGAAGGUGACUGGGCUAGAUCUGGCCGCCGGGCCUUAGUUUGCCUAUCCAUGAUGUACACACAUCGAACUAACCGAAGCAUUCAGCAGACUUUUCUUUUUAAAUGAUCACAAGCAAAGGUUUACUGCAAGGCAUUCAACAAAGGGGUAAGUGGGCAAUGUCCCACAUUAAGUGACAGCUUGCGCUCUGUUCAACAUAAAAGGCCAACACAUGGACCGUGGUUCCAUAAACAUGUUUUUUUUCUUUUUUGGAGGGGGGUUAUACAUAAUGCUUAUUGCCAUUAUGUGGAUGGCCUGUGAAUUUUUGCACCUUUCUCUAUAAACAUCCUUUCCCUAUGCAUGGUCAGAAACACAGGUUUUCUUGAUUGGUUCAA